CCCAACGGCCUUUGCCACAGAUUUGCCCAUGGAUUUGGCCGAAUCUUAUGAAGAUCGAGAGCUUCAAAAGGCGCUCACCCGUCGUUCACGCGAGCCUUCAGCCUUUAAGCACGAUGAUUUGGCCUUGGAAAUCUCCGACUCGGAUUCAGACGACGAUUUGGCCUUGACCAAGCCUCGGAAGGCUGCCAUCCAGCCGGAUGGCACCGCUGACUCGGAUUUGGAGGAGGACUCGGGGGGCGUGGCUCGUGAAGACUUGGUGGGAGGAGCCGGCUGGGCUGGUCAGAAGAAGUACUUCUAUGGAGGGAAUCCAAAUGAGCGAGGACGACGGGCUCAAGAUGGAUUGUCGGAUGACGAAUUGUCCGAGACGGAAAUGGAGGCGCUGGAAUCGCAAAAGUUGCAAACGAAGCAACUCGAAUUAAUGGAUGAGGAGGACUUCUUUGAUGCUUUCACGCUGCCCAGUGACCACACUGGAAAGAAGAAAUCCAAGCCUAAUAAAGCCUUGAAUGAUCUCUCCGGACAAGAAAAUAUCAAAAUGGACCUUUCCAAGUUGAGCAAGAAAGAAAAGGCCAAGUUAUUCGCCGAAGAAUCGCCCGAAUUUGCUGGUAUCCUCCACGACUUUGACGCCAAGAUGACGGAAGCCCAAAACGUCUUGGCCCCACUUAUUGAGCUCAUUAAUGAGGGCAAAAUUCCUGCCGGACCCGCCGCAGACUUUUUAAAAACCCGCUAUGAGCUCAUUUUGAACUACUGCACCAACAUCUCGUCCUAUUUGACGUUCAAAAUCAAACGGAUUCCACUGAAGUAUCAUCCACUCACUGGGAAGCUCCUUCAGUACAAACAGCUGUUGGACCGAAUGGAACCCUUAAAGGACACCCUCAUGCCUCAAAUAACUGAGGUUUUGAGCCAAAUCCAGGCUGGUCAAACCAUCGAAACCUUGGUGAAACAAGCCAAGAGACGGGUUCGUCUAGCGGAAAUGGGUCUGAAAAAGAAAGCGAGUAAGAAGAGGUUGAGGAUAUUGGAGCCCUCUCUUAACGGAGGAGAGGAGGAGAGGACGGCAAAAUCGGACAAACCUGAGGUAGAAUUGACCAUGGAUGAGCGAAAGGCAGUGGAGAUGUACGACGCCAUGCGAGGAAAAAAAAACAUUCAAGAGGACUCUGAGGAUGGAGAGUCCGAGCCUGAGGAGGAAAUCGCUACCAAUGGCGAGGCAAUGGGAGAGGAAGAGAGACGUUCCAUCACUUAUCAGAUGGCCAAGAACAAAGGUCUCACCCCGAAAAGGUCGAAACUGCAGAGGAAUCCCAGGGUCAAGAACCGGAAAAAGUUUGAGAAGGCCAAGGUCAGACGGAAAGGUCAAGUCCGCGAAGUUCGAACGGAGACCACGAAAUAUAGCGGUGAAUACUCCGGAAUCAAUGCCAGAGUCAAAAAGGGAAUCAAAUUGGCUUGAUUGUACGUUAAAAUGGUCGAAAUACAAUUAUGUUGAUCAAUGCGCAA